UGUUCUCUCUACUUUCUCUCUCUUCACCCCAUCCUUCCCUAAUCAGCAGGGAGUGGAGAACUUGACGUGGCUUUGCAGAUUUUGACCUGAGUGCCUUGUCUCGGUGCGGCUCCGAGCGGAGUGACCGGCUCCUCGCUCCCCUCCAGCCAAUGAGAGCUGCGGCACUGAGCUGGCGCGGAGCCGGGACUCUCUGCACAUUGCUGCCCACAGCAACAGCUCACACCCCGGCCAUGGAGUGCAGGCAGCGCCUCUGGACCCUGCUCGGCUUCCUGCACGCUGUGCUCAGCCUCUGCCAGCCUCACCCACAGCCGUGCCACAUCCUGAACCGGAUCGGACACACCGUGAGACUGGGCACCGUGCUGCCCAGCUCCCGGAGAGCCCUCCUGCAACAGGCGCUGCUCGAAGGAGUGGAGGCGGCCUUAAGGGACACCCUCCUACCCUACAAUCUGAGCCUGGAGACGGUCAGCAGCCAGGGCUGGCAGCCCGACCCGCAGUCCCUCCUGCAAUCCGUCUGCCAGUCCGUUGUGGUCCGGGGAGUUGCGGCCAUUCUGGCGUUCCCACAGUCUACAGACCAACUGGUCCAGAUGGAUUUUUUAGCAUCUUUCCUGGAGAUCCCUUUCAUCAGUAUUAUGGAGCGAGGAGAAGGGCUGGUUACUGAGAAUCCUUUACAUCUGCAGAUGAGCAUGGAAAGCUCAGUCACCUCCUUAAUGGAUUUGCUCAUCAGUGUCCUUAAAACCAACUCCUGGUAUGAUGUCAGUGUGAUCUUGUGCCACAGCUGGGAUAUCUCCAGAUUCCUCAGUUACCUGAGCAACAACUCAAACUUUGAACUGCGGGCUUUACUCAACUUAACAGACAUGGAUGAUGCGGGCAUCAUUCGCUUUUUACAUGAGAAAUUGAAUGACUUAAAGGACUCGUCCACUUCAGUUUUGAUGUUUAGCAGUAAUGCCAAAUGCUCUGGAUUCGUCUUUGAAACUGCAGCUGGCCUGGGUUUGACCUCCCCUGAGUUUCACUGGGUUAUUGGUCAUCCUCUGAACGUUGAGGACCUGCAAACCACAGGCCUACCUCUAGGUCUGCUUGCCUACGGUGAAGUGAACAAACCUGUUCUGGGAAAUUAUGUGAGGGAUGCAGUGGAGCUGAUAGCAAGAGCUAUAUCCACUGCUGUGUUCAUUCGGCCUGACACAACACUCAUCCAAAGCAUGGUGAACUGUAAUGACAAACAGAAAGAAGGUGUGCUAUCUUCAGGUCAAUAUCUUUCAAGAUUUCUGGCAAACACAUCGUUUGAUGGGGUAACGGGUUAUAUUCAUGUACAGGAGACAUCACACAUCCGCAGCGAUCACCGGUACCAUAUCUGGAACCUGCGGCAGGAUCCAUUAGGAAAACCCACCUGGGUGAGGGUUGGCAAAUGGAACCGCCAGAAGAUUGAGAUCGAACAAGGGAUUUGGCCCAGUAGAAGUCAUAAUGAAGUGAAUCAACAGAGCAGCUCAUCUCACUCCAAGCUGCGGGUGGUCACCUUGGUAGAGUUGCCCUUUGUUUUUACCAGGGAGGUUGACCGUGAUGGUAGUUGCCCUGCAGGCCUUUUGUGUUUGGAUCCUCACACCAAAGACCCUGCUGUGCUGACGCAGCUGUUUGAGGAGUUGAACAACGAAAAUGGAUCAGUGCCGACAGAGUACAAGAAAUGUUGCUAUGGUUACUGCAUGGACCUCCUGGAGAAGCUAUCGGACGACCUUGGUUUUGAUUUUGACCUGUACAUUGUCGGAGAUGGGAAGUAUGGCGCCUGGAAAAAUGGUGGAUGGACAGGACUGGUGGGUGACCUCCUCAGUGGUGCUGCCCACAUGGCUGUCACUUCCUUUAGCAUCAAUUCAGCACGCAGCAGGGUGAUAGAUUUCACCAGCCCUUUCUAUUCCACCAGUUUAGCCAUCCUUGUGAGGUCUCGAGAUACAGCUGCUCCCAUUGGUGCUUUCAUGUGGCCACUGCACUGGUCGAUGUGGGUUGGGAUUUUUGUGGCUCUCCAUCUCACAGCCUUGUUUCUGACACUUUAUGAGUGGAAAAGUCCAUUUGGAAUGACGCCCAAUGGAAGAAAUAGAAUAAAAGUAUUCUCUUAUUCCUCAGCUCUUAACCUAUGUUACGCAAUCCUCUUUGGACGAACUGUUUCUAGUAAGACACCCAAAUGUUGGACUGGGCGUUUCUUAAUGAACCUCUGGGCAAUCUUUUGCCUCCUUGUCUUAUCCAGUUAUACAGCUAACCUGGCAGCUGUCAUGGUCGGUGAGAAAACCUUCGAGGAACUUUCUGGAAUUCAUGAUACUAAGCUUCAUCAUCCGUCUCAGGGUUUCCGGUUUGGAACAGUGCGAGAGAGCAGUGCUGAGGACUAUAUGAAGAUGAGUUUUCCUGAAAUGCAUGAGUACACAAGACGGUUCAAUGUUCCAACUACAUUGGAUGGAGUGGCACAUCUGAAGAGUGAUCCAUCAAAACUGGAUGCAUUUAUCAUGGACAAGGCUCUGUUGGAUUAUGAAGUGUCAAUUGAUGCUGACUGUAAACUGAUAACAGUGGGGAAGCCAUUUGCCAUCGAAGGGUAUGGAAUAGGCUUGCCCCAGAACAUAGGGUUAAAUUCCAACAUUUCUGAAUUGAUCAGUCGCUACAAAUCUGAUGGAUUCAUGGAUAUGCUGCAUGACAAGUGGUACAAGAUGGUCCCAUGUGGAAAACGAACGUUUGAGGUGACAGAGACAUUACAAAUGGGCAUUAAACAUUUCUCAGGGCUGUUUGUUUUGCUGUGCCUGGGCUUCGCUGGCUCUUUACUGACGACUGUUGGGGAACAGAUCGUCUACAGACUGGUCCUGCCAAGGAUUCGGAAACGGAAAAGGUUUAAGUAUUGGCUCCACACAAGCCAGAAAAUCCAUCGCGUUUUAAAUAUGAACUUUGAAGAGCAGAAAAUUCAGAAAGAGAAGACAGAUAAAAGAUGCACCUUGCAGAAGAUCGAGAAGGUGCCACCCACUACGGUGCGAGUGACUUCCCAGGCAAGGUGGAACAAUGUGAGAAGGGCAGUGGUCAAGGGCAACAGGAGGACCCAGUCUGAGCUUCAGGCUUGUCCACGGGAUCCUUACAUGGUCAAAUCAGAAAAGGAAUCGCCUGGGGUCAUCUGUGAGAACGGCGGGAUUGAGCACUAUCAGCAGAGUGAGAAGAACGUACGUGACAUUGAACUAAAAGAAUUGGAGCAAAGGAUACAGGCGAUCAAAGAGCAGCUGCGAAUUGCCAUGAACAAGAGGGACGAAUUAGCUGCUUGCAUUGAUCUGCCUAAAGACAGUCACCAAACUCCCACAGACACUGGCAGUAAAGAAAAUCAUGACAAGAGGUGAUGGUGGCCGUGAGUUUACACAUAAGUGGACCUUUUGAUUGAAAACAAAUUGGCUGCAACCUUUCAGAGAUCUUCACCUGACCAUUUGGAAUUCCAUAAAGCACAUUUCAGAGCACUUUUGCUGCAUGAGCAUCACUUGCAAGCUGAUUUAAAUAGAAGUUGACACUAACUGAUGCAGUUAUUUUUUAACUAUCACAGAAAAAUUCAGGUGCUUUCACUGAACCUGAAACAGAGCCAAUUCCAGGAUGUUUAAUAAUAAAAAUCUUAAGCCUAUGUACAUAAAAUCUGCAUAAUAUUGUCACAGAAUCUGAGGAAACCUACUUCACCAGCAUCAGAAUAGAAAGGGUUGGAGGGUGGUGGGCAGGGAUAGAAAGACUAGUUUGAAACUGCAAUAUAUAAAAUGUGUCGAUUUGCUGCUAGUCUCAGACAAUCGUCGUUGCUACUUAACAACAUUUCAGGUAAUUGAUAUGUUUUUCUUUGCUAUUAAUAGUUGAUAUGCUUGGUUGCAAUAGACAUUAAAAAGAAACCACCUUUGACUUGAAUUGCUACAAGAUUAGCAGGACUAUUGUUUAAAAAUCAAGACUCCGAAUGCUUGGACUUUCUCAUCACAGGUCUUUGAAACUAGAACUCUUCACCUUCUUUGAUACUGCCUUCCAUACACAUAUACAGUAGCAAACUUAAUAUGGUCAAUCAUUAAUUGCUGAUAUCCCUUUAUUGUCUCCCAUCUCUUUAAACAGACUGUUCACCUAGCUGUCGCAAGCUAAAACAAAAGUAGGCUCUGUUAAUAAGGGAUGAUAAGUGAAGAGAAAUUAUCUUGGCUCAGAGAACCAAAAUAUUGAGUUAGUUUGGAUGGAAAUAUGAAAUGAAAAAGGAUUAUAAUGCAAUAGAAUUUCACAUCCAGUUUGAGGGUGGGAAAUCUGAGUCUGAAUUUAUUGUCUUAAACAUAAAUAAAGGCACGCAAAGAGUAGACUUGCCUAAAGUGAGAUGAAAAAUAUGUUAAAAGAUACUAAGGAAACA